UUUUCCGCCAUGUUGACACCGUCGGCGGUAAUCUGAAAUCCGCGCUCUGAACGGGUUGGACCUUUCCUCUGUGAAAGUGAGCAAGCUUUCUCCACAUCAAAGGAUUUUCACUCGGUUUCUGUAAUCAAAAGAUGUCAUACACCAAUGCCAUUGCUCUUUACGACUACAAAGCCACGCAGAAUGAAGAACUCUCCAUUAAGAAGGAUGAGAAACUGGUCAUUCUUGAUGACAGCAAAUCUUGGUGGCAUGUGGAAAAUUCAAAGCAUGAAACAGGAUAUGUCCCCUCCAACUAUGUGAAAAAGAGCAAACCUAAUGCCAAAAACUGGUUAAAAAGUUUAGGACCUGGAAAAUCGUCAAAGGAAAAUGGAGCUAUGAAUUCACCUGGUGAAUACUUUGUUCCACAGGAUGUUUUAAAUGCAUUAGAAACUGUAAUUGCUAAAUUCAAUUUCCAGCCACAACAUGAUGAUGAACUUGUAUUGAAGAAAGGUGACAGAAUAACUGUUCUUGAGAAGAAGGAAGAUGGCUGGUGGAAGGGAAAAAUCGGAAAAGAUUCGGGCUGGUUUCCAUCCAAUUAUGUACUUGCAGAAGAGAACUCAAAAGUUGCUAAAUCUAUCCCUGAUAAACCAGUACUUCACAAAGUGAGGACACUGUAUAACUUUGAUCCGAAAAAUCCUGAAGAGCUUAGUUUUAAAAAGGAUGAGAUUCUGGAUAUAAUUGAGAAACCUGAUGAUGACCCUGAGUGGUGGGUCGCAAAAAAGUCAGAUGGUUCUUCAGGACUGGUCCCUAGUAAUUAUAUUGUAAAAGUAGACAAUGAAGGCAAAAUGCCAAUGCUGAAUGCUGAGCCAGUGGCUGAAAGUAAAGAACCACGAAAAGCGAUUUUGCCUCAGCAUAAGAAACUUCCAUUUGUUGAUGAGGCAUGGUUUUGGGGGAAAAUUACCAGGGUUCAGGCUGAAAAGAUGUUGAAUAGAAAUGCAGUGGAUGGAGAUUUUCUAGUAAGAGUCAGUGAAACUCAGGAGGGAGGAUAUUCAGUGUCCAUGAAAGCUCCAGACAAAAUCAAGCAUUUUAGGGUAAAUUAUACAGAUGGAAAAUAUAAAAUUGGUCCACGAAGCUUUGACAGAGUGGAAGACUUAAUAGAACAUUACAAGAGGAAUCCCAUCUUUACAGAUGAAGCUGGUAACAAGAUGUUUUUGGUUAAACCCUUUGAGGAAGGGUCUUAGUAAUGAAGAUUUCCCUAAACAUUUCACAAAAUUUUGAACAGAGCAAGAAGCAUGAUUUCAUUUGUCUGUUGAAUAAUUGAUGUCUUUGAGACUUAAUAGAGAAAACUUAUCAAUGUCUAAUGUGAAAUUUCCAUUACAAAGCAGAAAUUUUCUGUAUUGAAGUGAGCAUUCACUUUACAAAAAAUGUACAAAUUAGUCUGCAAACUUUGAGAAAGGGUAUAUUGUAUACCCUGUCAAUUCUAUGGCAAGGAAUCCACAAAAAGUUUACCAAGUUGAAAUGAGCUUGGAGAGUUCAUACACAAUGGUACAAUUUGUAGAUAAAGUUCAGUGACUUCUACAGGGGCUGCUAAACAUCUACUGACAGGCCAAAUCACACUUGUGAGACAACUUUGUAACUACUUCAUAGCCAUCUGAGUUGGGACUAUUAGAUUGCAGAUGCAGCAAGAACUCUAAAUAUUUAAUAUUUACUAACAGUGACUCUGGAUUCUGACAUGCUUGAGUUUUGUGAAUGAGCAAGUUUACUUUCAAUAAUGUACAUGAGAAAAUUACUUGCUUCUGAUUGGCUGAAAAUGAGUGCAUUCUCAUGUAAUACAAAUGCAAAAU